CUAAGACAUCAACAAUCUCUGCUGAUCAAAGUAAGAACAGCCUCUACAAAAUUAUUAAGCUUUUAAUACAUUGACGUUUCAACCCCCGGGACACCAAAAUGUCUGGUUAAAUUUGGUUGCGGUUACAAAAUUUAAAACGUAUUCAGUUGAGAAAAUGGAAGGAAUGGAUGUAAAAAAAAAAAAAAAAAAAAACUUUAUUACUGCUUUUUAAAUAACUUAAGACACAAACACCAGUGCAUGUUUAGUUAAGGUUCUAAUUUAUGGGUUAUUUAUAUUUUUCUUUAAGUGUAGAAUAAAUUUCUUUGUACGACGUGUAUUUUAGGUUUUUUAUUUACUAUAAUAAUAAAACUCAGCGCAUCAGAAACAACAGAUAGUCACGCAACUUCACCGAAACUCCGGAACAAAACCGCUUUUCUGUGUUUUAACUACAAAGCUGCCACUCCCAACAUGGCUGCCCCGUUGACGUAAGAUCCGGAAAGUCCAAGUUCUCUGUUCACUUCCAGCACGCAGUUCACUUUGGAGUAGACUCUGGCUGCAAGAGACUUUAAACACCACAUUUGGGCAUCACCAUAAAACUGGGCCAUGGCCAACAUCCAGAUCCGAAAGUACCGGGAUGAGGAUUCUGAAACCGUAAAGGAGCUCUUCACCUCAGGGAUGAACGAGCACUUGCCUGCGUCCUUCAUGCACGUGCUGAAACAGCCGCUGACUCAGAUGCUGCUCAUGUGCACCUUCUGCUCGCUCAUAGCCACCUCCCAGUCCCUCGUGCUGCCAGUCCUGGCCGUCACCCUCCUCCUGGUCGGAGUCCGGCAGAUGAUCGUCCACAUGUUCAACGGCUACAUAGACGCUUCUUUGAAGAACGACCUCAACGACAUCAGCGAGACCUACCUGCGGAAGAAUAAUUCGUGUUUCUGGGUGGCCGAAAGCGACGGUCGGGUGGUCGGCAUGGUGGCGUGUCUGCCCGCCGAGAAUAUGCCCGAGUUUUUGGAGCUGAAGCGCAUGUCAGUGCGGCGCAGCCACCGAGGGAAGGGAAUCGCUAAGGCUCUGUGUCGCACAGUGGCGGAUUUCACUAGGGAAAGAGGUUUCCCUGCCGUCAUCCUUUACACGUCUAUAGUCGCUACCGACGCUCAAAAACUGUAUGAACACAUGGGUUAUAAGAAGUGGAGGGAGUUCCCCAUACAAGAGUUUUUUGCUAAAAUCAUCAACUUCACUCUGAUUGAGUACAGACUCGAUUUAGAGGAAGAUAAAUAAAGCUAGUGAAACCGACAAACUCUUUAAAACGUCUUUGUACUUAGUUUAUUUCAUCUUUUUUUGUGGCAAGUUCAACUUCCAUCUAUCUAAAUCAUUACGCAGCAUGUUUUCUCCUACCGUUUUUGAGUUGUUCAUCUAUGUAUUUAAAAAUGUCAGUAAACAAUAAUCGUGUUAAGGAAGCCACAUUCCCCUUUUCCUGGUCAGUUACUCCGUUGUGGUGCGGUGUAUAGGCGCGGUGGCUUCUGGUUGCUGAUGUGAGCGUGUGCAGGUGCAUGGGGAGGUGUGGGGCGAGCAGUUUUUCAUCGAAAAUAAUGUACAAAUAUUCUGCCUGGUCAUCACUGUAACUUGCUACCAAGUUCUGCAGGGUCCUGCAAAUAAACUGACUUAAAUGAGAAAAACCA